AGCUGGCAUCCCUCCCCACCUCCCACGUGGGGCCAGCCCUCCGCAGUGCCUGGGCGCGCCGCUGCCGCGCCUCCCGGCUAGGCCCCCGUCCUCGGCACCGCCCCUCCUAGGCCCGGGAGGAGGACCCCAGGCGAGGGGUGAGUGAGGGGUGGGGGCGGUGUCACUGAGUCAGGUGGCGGCGGGAGUUCCCUCGGGCUGGGCCGAGGGAACGCGCUGCCGGGGAUUGUGUACACGCUCCACUGACACAAGCUUCACGCUGCCGGGCAGCCGCUGAUCACGCGUGGCCCUGCGAGCCCAUUGGCCGGCGCCUCACACACCUUUGUUGCUGAUUGGCCAGCCACAGACUCCGCCCCCGCCCCCGCCCGCGGCGCGGGGCAGGCGGAGCGGCUACCUGAAUGGGGAGGGGGCAGACGGCGCGGAGCGCAGCGGCGGCGGGAGCGGCGUCGAGUGUCUCUGGGCGCCCGUCUGUGGCCAGGCAGCCAAGCAGCCUAGCAUCCAGUCAGCUCGCCGCCGGCGGCUAGGCAGCCAACCAUGCUCAACUUCGGCGCUUCUCUUCAGCAGGCUGCGGAGGAAAGAAUGGAAAUGAUUUCUGAAAGAUCCAAAGAGAGUGUGUAUUCCUGGAACAAAGCUGCAGAGAAAAGUGAUUUUGAAGCUGUAGAAGCACUUAUGUCAAUGAGCUGCAGUUGGAAGUCUGAUUUUAAGAAAUACAUUGAAAACAGACCUGUUACUCCGGUGUCUGAUAUGUCAGAGGAAGAGAAUCUGCUUCCUGGUACACCUGAUUUUCAUACAAUCCCAGCAUUUUGUUUGACUCCACCUUACAGUCCCUCUGACUUUGAACCCUCUCAAGUGUCAAAUCUGAUGGCACCAGCGCCAUCUACUGGACACUUCAAAUCAUUGUCAGACACUGCCAAGCCUCACAUUGCUGCUGCACCUUUCAAAGAGGAGAAGAGCCCAGUACCUGUCCCCAAACUCCCCAAGGCUCAGGCAACCAGUGUGAUUCGUCAUACAGCUGAUGCCCAGCUGUGUAACCACCGAUCCUGUCCAGUGAAAGCAGCCAGCAUCCUCAAUUACCAGGACAAUUCUUUUCGAAGAAGAACCCACCUAAAUGUUGAGGCUGCAAGAAAAAACAUACCUUGCGCAGCUGUGUCACCAAACAGAUCCAAACGUGAGAGAGACACAGUGGCAGAUGUUGAUGAGAAAGCAGAUGCUGCACUUUAUGACUUUUCUGUGCCUUCCUCAGAGACAGUCAUCUGUAGAUCUCAGCCAGCCCCCGCGUCCCCACAGCAGAAGUCGGUGUUAGUCUCUCCACCUGCAGUAUCAACAGGGGGGGUGCCACCUAUGCCGGUCAUCUGCCAGAUGGUUCCCCUCCCUGCAAACAACCCUGUUGUGACAACAGUCGUUCCCAGCACUCCGCCCAGUCAGCCACCAGCUGUCUGCCCGCCUGUUGUAUUCAUGGGCACCCAGGUGCCCAAAGGCGCCGUCAUGUUUGUCGUACCCCAGCCCGUGGUUCAGAACCCAAAGCCUCCAGUGGUGAGCCCAAAUGGCACCAGACUCUCUCCCAUUGCCCCUGCUCCAGGGUUUUCCCCUUCAGCAGCAAAAGUCACUCCUCAGAUGGACUCAUCGAGGAUAAGAAGUCACAUCUGUAGCCACCCAGGAUGUGGCAAGACCUACUUUAAAAGUUCUCAUCUGAAGGCCCACAUGAGAACGCAUACAGGAGAAAAACCUUUUAGCUGUAGCUGGAAAGGUUGUGAAAGGAGGUUUGCCCGUUCAGAUGAACUGUCCAGGCACCGACGAACCCACACAGGCGAGAAGAAAUUUGCCUGUCCCAUGUGUGACCGGCGGUUCAUGAGGAGCGACCAUUUGACCAAGCAUGCCCGGCGCCAUCUAUCAGCCAAGAAGCUACCAAACUGGCAGAUGGAAGUGAGCAAGUUAAAUGACAUUACCCUACCUCCAACCCCUGCUCCCACGCAGUGACAGAUUGGAUGGCAAAGAAUGAGAACUAACUUUGGUCACAGCCAGGAGCCAGUGGUGAUAUAAAAAUGCUUCCACUGCAAGUCUGUGGCCCUUCGGUGGGGGCUGAAAGCAGAAGCCCCACAGCCCGGAGCGAAGGCCCAGCCUGGGUUAGGCGGCAAGAAGUGCUGCGGCCACAGGCGGGUCACAGAGUGUGGGACUCAUUUCUCAUUGCACAGGAGACAUGAGAAAGCCUUUAUUCCUUUAAAUAUAUUUUGAAGGUUUCAGGUGAGGUCAACACAGGUAGCACAGAUUUUGAUUUGUGUGCACAAUUUGUUACUUUACUUUCACCAUUUAUACUUGAGACCAACUUUUCAAUGUGAUUCUUCUAAAGCACUGGUUUCAAGAGUGUAGAGACUGGAAAUAAACAUUACGGUACAGAGAUGGAGAUGUAAAAUUGAUUUGUAUCAUCAUGAAUAUUAUUAUCUUAGCGUUAUCUUGUUUACUACUCUUGGUCUUUCCAUUCAAUUUUGUGGACGUAGUUAAAUAUAUCUAGAACUAGCAUUUUUACUCUAGUUGCUGACAUUUGGAUUUUAGCAGCUGUAUAUUGCUGAAGAGGUCCCAAAGAAUUGGAAUCCUCAUUAAGUUAAUUGCUUUGAAGUGUAUCUUCGAAUUUUUUUUGCAUUUUUUUGAAAGUUUAACAAGUGACUAUAACUUGGCAUUUUAUUAUGCUUUGAACUUUAGUUUGCCUGCAGUUUCUUGUGUAGAUUUGAAAACUGUAUACCAGUAUGUUUUCUGUAGACUCUAAAAUACACUGCACUUUGUUUAAAAACAAAUUGAAGAUGAAAACAUAUAUUGUAAAGAAGGGAUGUUAAGGAUUUUAGAUAACUCCUUGAAAAAGAUGGCUUAGGUCAUCAGUAAAGUACCCUUAUGAGGAUACAACGUGUGCUCUAUUGAAUUAGAAAAUUAAUGCCCAUUAUUCACAAAGGGACAGAUGCCCUGUUAAUUUAUAGGAGUUUUUUUGGGAACUAGGUAGAUAGAAAAAUGAUUAGUACAUUCACUUCUGUUAACAGUAUUUCUGUUAUAUUUUAUUGUAUAGUGGAUGGUAUACACAGUGGUGAAACAAAAGUCAGUUGUUUAAAAUAUAUAGUGAAAAACGUCACUAUGUCUUUCCAUUUAACAUUUUUCUCUAUAUUGGGUGUAGAUUUUUGCCAUCAAAACUUUGGACCCUUGGAAAACAAAAGGAUUUUCUUUUAAUAAAAAAAAAAUUCUUGUGAUUUACAAUUUGCACAAUAUUUCUUUUGUUGUACUUUAUAUCUUGUUUACAAUAAAGAAUUUCUUUUGGUAUAUA